AUGAAUCCUCGGCGUGAAGGCCAACGAGCAAUCGAAGCUCAAAUGGCUCGAAUGUUAGAGACGGCGAUGCCCGCAAUCCAAGAAGAAAUCAACAACGAGGUGGAACGCUAUCAAGCUGCUAUCCAAGCGUGGAACGAGCAACACGACCGGGUACCGCGUACUCGGAUGUAUAUCCACCGAGACCGUGAACAAGCUGGUUUGCGGCUUUUCAUGGAUUAUUUCUCUGCAGAUCCUCGAUGGAGUGAUCAGAUGUUCCGUCGCCGGUUCCGGAUGCGGAGGAAUGUGUUCUUGCGCAUUGUCAACGCAGUUGUGGCUCGUGACGCGUACUUUAUGCAAACCUUCGAUGCUGUCGGGCGGCAAAGUAUAUCGACUUUACAGAAAUGCACAUCCGCCCUCCGCCAACUCGCUUACGGAACAGCUGCAGAUAUGUUUGAUGAGUACCUCCAUGUGAGCGAGCAUACUGGACGCGCUUGCCUAGCCAAAUUCUGUCGGGCAGUGAUCGAAGCAUUCAAGGACACAUACUUGAGAAAGCCAACGUCCGACGAUGUUCGCAGAUUGGUGCGAAUGCACGAGGAGAGGCACGGCUUCCCGGGGAUGCUGGGCAGCAUCGACUGUAUGCACUGGCCGUGGAAGAAUUGUCCAAUGGCUUGGAGAGGAGCAUUCACUAGCGGGCACAAGGGCUCGCAUCCAACGAUUGUGUUGGAGGCCGUUGCCGACCAACGGUUGUGGAUCUGGCAUGCCUACUUUGGAGUCGCUGGGUCGAACAACGACCUCAAUGUGUUGAACGGGUCUCCAUUGUUCAACGACUUGUGUGCCGGGCGAGCGCCUACCGUAGAGUUCACGGCCAACCACCGUCGGUACACUAUGGGGUACUAUCUGGCAGACGGGAUCUACCCUAGAUGGCCCGUGUUCGUGAAGACCAUCACAUGUCCGACUACGGAUAGGAGGAAGUUGUUUGCCAAAAAGCAAGAGGCGGCUCGGAAAGAUGUGGAGCGCGCAUUUGGAGUUCUCCAAUCACGUUGGGCUAUAGUGAAGGGACCGGCCCGUGGUUGGCACCGUCCGCUAAUCGCCGACAUCAUGUAUGCAUGUAUCAUAAUGCAUAACAUGAUCGUUGAGGACGAGGGAGACAACGCCACUGACUGGAGCGACGAUCCGCUCGUCAGCGCCAGCAGUAGCUACACUGUCACCGAUCCGAUCGUGCAAGGUGUUCCUCCCGACGUGCGCAAUGUCAUGGCCCGUUCAGCGGCAAUGCGCCAAGAAGAUCAACACACACGCCUCCAAGCGGAUCUAAUUGAAGAAAUUUGGAACCGCAAUUGA